CGGACCGGCCAGGCGGCCCGCCGAAGUUCAUCCGGUAGCGGGUACCGGCGGGACGUGUAGCGCGAUGCACGAACUAUUGAUGUAGGCGACACGGAACAUCCGUCGUAUCUGUCUAUGCGCGCCAUACACAAGGUCUACCGACCUUUGUACUUUCGGGUCUAGCGGAGCUUUUUCUCGGCUUUCGACGUUUUUUCGCUUGUUGUGUUUUGGGCGCGAGAUUUUUGUAUACGCACGCAGGCGAAACAGUGUUCCGGCUCUACCGGACGAUAGGCUUUUUUCCCUCCCUCGCGCCACGACCACCCUUCCCUGCUGUAUACGUCACCUUGUCUAUGCUCCCCCGCCGAAAACCUGAUAACGCGAGCCUUUGUCCUUAAAGGUCCAUUGUUUCGUCCUCGCAGAAUCAUCUUCCGCGCUUUGUGUGUAUCUCCUUAGUUCUUUGCCAAGCCACACAAAACUUUUCGAAAAUUUUAUUGUUUUUGGUCUGUCGCGCCAACUCGUUAUUUAAAUUUAUGUUUUACUUGAGACGUUCGACGAAUCGUUUUUUUACAUUUUUUCGCGCAAGUAUCAGUGCGUAAACGUAUUAGCUUUUGUCAACAUCUUUCUGGAAUCUAGGUUUAAGUUGACACAUACAUCCAAAAUUGUCAUAUAUUUUCUACUAAGGAAUAACAUCAACAUUAUAUAAAAUGGUAUCUACCAGGCAACAAAGUAGUAGUAGUUCUGGUUCUUCAACCAAAGUGGUUGUUAUAACAAAACCUGAGAAAAAUUUCAGUGUAGUUAAUUUAGGCCAAAGUAGUUCCAGCCAUAUUAAUUUGCUAGACCUUCCAUAUGAAAUUCUUGAGAAGAUCUUAUCAUAUACUAAUUUCAAACAUAUAUCCCAACUAAGAUCGGUUUCUCGGCAUUUCAAUGUGGUGUGUAGUACUAUGUUAAAUUCUACUUUUCAACGUUUGCAAAACCAAAUGUUAAAUCGCUUUCAAGUUAUUAAAACAAAAAUGCCCAGACGAGAAUCUGCUAGGCGACAACAUCCACUUGCAUGUGAAUCUGAUAUUGUUGAAACACUUCACAUGAGAUUAUUAUUAUUGCGUAUGGCAUUUGGUAAACAUAUUGAAAGAAAACAUAUAUGUUUUUUUGCUGGAGAGAUUUUAGAUGAAGUGUACAAAAUAUUACAUUAUAUUAAAGUUACUUCAAAGUUGGCAAGGCCAUAUAAAGUGACCGAUGAACUAUUUGACUUGUCCACAAUGGCCAUGGAAUAUUUUAGGGAAAAAAUUGAACCAACUCUUCCAGAAAUUAGACUUUUUGCUAAUGAUUAUCAUGAAUUUCCAUCACCUUUAGGUCCACCUAAUACUAGAACUAUUACCAGUAUGUGUCUGAGAAAACGUAGUUUAAUGAUACGUGAAGGUUCGGUUUCAAGUUUAGAAGGUAAAAGAUCUUCAUCAGAAAGUCCUCAAUGUGGUUCUAUGUUACGAAAGAGUGUAUGUAAAAUUAAACAAGGAAUAAAAACGUCUCAAAGUUGUCAUUUGGAACGAGAUUUCUUAGAUUUACGGAAACAAUUGCGCAAAACAUCAACUCAAGUAGGCAACGUGCAGCGUGAGUUAAAACAAUGCAAAUCACAAAUGGCUGAACAACAUAAAACAUUGGUAGAAUAUUCGAAUAGGAUGGAUGAAUAUGAUAAGAAGAAUGAAGAAACAAAUCGAAAAUUCAGCACAUUGUUACAAGAACUUAAUAAAUGCAAGACAGAAAUUCAAUAUUUACAAUCGGCUUCUUCAUCGUCUACACUUUCAGUUUGCUCAUCCUGUAGUACUACUGCAAGUGAUCUAUCUUUAGCUAUGGGACCACCUGCUUUAAAUUCUACUACCAAUGCUGUACGAACUAGACUACAUAGUCAAGGUGACCAAAUUCCAGAAAAUACUAACAAGGAUUCUAUGGAACAGAGUGAACCAGUAGUAUUCGAAGAAGUAAAGAGUUCUGACGAACAGGAACCAUCCACUAGUACUGGUGUUAAACGUAAAUUAGAAUUGGCUAUUCCUAAAGCUGCUAAACGUGUCAGGGCUGUAGCUAAAAAAGUACGCAGCAUUAAUAACGUUAACUAGACAAUAAUUAAAUUAUAAUGAAAAUAAUAAUAAUUUUUUAUCGAAACGAAUCUACCUCUCACAUUCAUAUAGACUUAAAUUGAAUUUGAAGCAUAAAUUUUAGAUACAAAUUAAUAUUUAGUUAAAAGUCUUAUCAAUCACAAUUUAAGUAUAAUUAUCUUUUCCAUAUAUAAAUAUAAUAUAGUUUAAAUGUAUAAUAAUUAAUAUAUUCUACGAUAUCCUGUUAAAUAUAUAUACAUAUGUAUUUACAUAUAUAAAUAUAUAUAUUUAGAUAAUAUAUAUAUAUAUGCAUUUAUAUGUGUAUAUAUAUAUUAUUGAUUGGGUUGUUUUUGAAUUUUUACCUUGAUGUCUUCCAAUCAAUAAAUAAUAUUUAGUUCUACAUUGUGUGCGUGAUUAGGGAAGUUUCGAGUAACAUUUUCUAUUAUCACAUUUUUAUUUGAUUUAACAAUAACAAAACAACUUAAGUUUAUAUUUUUGCUUAAUAGUGUGCAUUUUAAUUUAAAUAUCAAGAAAUAACUUUUUGAUGAUUAGAUUUAUUUUUUAAUAUUUAUGUUCUAGUUCUCAAUAUUACGUCUAGUGUUCUAUAGAUACUACUAAGGUAUCUUACAAAUUUUUAUCUUUUUAGUAAUUAUUCAUGAAAUGUAACUUAAUUCUAAUGAAUAAUAUGUUCAAUUCAUUUUUAUCAAUUUUAGACAAAAUUUGUAUGUAUAUAUUAUAUUAUAAUUCAUUUUAUUUGUAUGUGACCAAAUCAGAUAACUAUUAUAUUAAUGCGUUUGUAUUAUACAACGUUUAAAACAAAUGGUCAUGCAUUAUUUAAUAAAUUUGGCAAUAAAAUGUAUUGUAUAAAUUGCCAUCUAGAUAAUAAUGGUAAUUUGUAACAUUUGUACCAAUAAGUUCAAGACUGUCCGUUUUUAUUAUUAUUAUUAUUAUUAUUAUUAUUAAUUAUUAUUAUUGAAAAAAUACCUAUAACAUCAGUCACAGUCUCGGUAAUUAUUUUCCAACAAAUCAUGAUGUUAUGAAAUAAUAACUAUUUGACUACAUUGGUAUUAUACUUAAAAUGUUAAAUUAAUUUAUAUUCUGUUUUAUUAAGAUAAUGCAAUUGACAAUUGGUCUUUACACUUGUAUUCAUAUUUAAUACUUAAUAGUAAAUAUUAUGUUUUUAUGCUGGUCUUAAAAAAUAUAUUGUUUACUAUUUCGGUGUAUCCUGAAUUGAAAGAUAAAAUUAAAAUAAACUAAAUGAAACUUUGA